AUGACACUCAUUCGCACAGUUCUCAUGGCGGCCGCCUUGCUAGGCGCGUCGGCGCACGCCCAAGGUGUUGUAGGGAAGCCGUUCGGCUUUGCCGCGGGCACCACCGGUGGUGGGAACGCCGCUCCAGCCGCUCCCAGUGACAUCAAAGAACUGGCCCAGUGGCUGUCGGAUGAUACGCCUCGCGUUAUCCUGAUCGACAAGGAGUUUGAUUUCACCGGGAGUGAAGGCACCUGUGCCGACUGCGCCUGCUGCGUCCCCAGCUCCAACACCUGUGGCAGCUCCGGUCAGAAUGCCAUUGAGACCUCCUUUGGCUGGUGCGGCAGCUCUCCCAAUGUCACUUGCACCUAUGACAAGGCGGGAACCAAAGGCAUGGAUGUCGGCUCGGACAAGUCCAUUGUUGGUGUGGGCAGCGCUGGUGUCAUCCGCGGGAAGGGUCUUCGUCUGACGGGCGGUGCGAGCAACGUGAUCAUCCAGAACAUCCACAUCACCGAUAUCAACCCUGAAUACAUCUGGGGUGGCGACGCCAUCUCGUUGGAUGGUACUGACAAGAUCUGGAUUGACCACGUCAAGAUCUCUCUGGUCGGUCGUCAAAUGUUCGUGACAGGCUACGAGUCGAGUGGGUCAGUGACGAUCUCGAAUAGCGAGUUCGAUGGCCGCACCAGUUGGUCGGCAUCUUGCGAUGGCCACCAUUACUGGACCCUCCUCGGCUUGGGCAAGAACGAGCAAAUCACCUUUGCCCGCAACUACAUCCAUCAUACAUCGGGUCGCUCCCCCAAGCUUGGAGAGAGCAGCUACUGGCACUCUUACAACAAUUACUGGUCCGACAACAGCGGUCAUGCGUUUGAUGUUGAGUCCGCCGGCAAGUCGCUCAUCGAAGGAAAUGUCUUCUCCAACGUCAAAACCCCGCUCACGAAGGAGAAUCUCGAUGGCGUCUUCGCCGUCAGCGCGGAUGAUGAAUCUACCUGCUCGGGGUCCCUGGGUCGUUCCUGUAUCCCCAACGUUCUCACCAGCUCUGGGGAGCUGUCGUCGGCUGGUGACGGGGUUUUCUCGGGCUGGCUGUCGGACGAGGGCGACCUCACCUUGAUGCCGGCCUCUCAGGUGGCUUCCUACGUCAAGGCUCACGCUGGUGUUGGUAAGCUCGGUGCCGGUGACUACUCCAGCUCGGCGAUCCCCUCUUCUACCCCAGCUCCCUCCUCUUCGGCUCUUGCCAAGCGCCACGGCGGACACGACAGACAUGGUCUCGGCCAUAUUCCUCACUUGACAGAGGGGGGUCCCGGGGCAUGGCAUACUCCUGGCCCGGCCCCUUCCUGGUCGUGGAGAACUAUUGGGGUCAGGUCCACCGCUCUGCCCACCCCUUCUCCGAGCAGCUCCAGCUGUGCGAUCGGAAAGCCCACGGCAGGUCCCCCUCGCUUCCCUAUCUUUGGGGAUCUGGGUAUUUUCUAG